AUGAAAGAUAUUUUAGUUCAUGCGUGUGCAUAUAGUGUUUGUAUAUUUGCUGGUUAUGAAGAUGAUUUUGUUAAGAGUAAUUUCAAAGCCAUGCUCAAUUUAUUGAUAUACUAUUUUUAUGAGUUGCGAACAAUUAUAAUUAUUACCAGUACGAUCCUUGCACUUGAGCCAUAUCGUUGUGCAGCUGUAUCACUAUUUCGCAGAAGAAAAG